AGGGGAGGAGGCAGGGGUCCCCACUUGUGGGGAUGUUGCAGGAAAGGAAAUGAGAAUCGGGAGCGAGGACUAAGAGGCAAUGUCAGAGUGACUGACAAGCUGAGAUACAAUCCAUCAUCGUCAGAUGACAGCCAUUGCACGAAUCUUUCCAGUCAAAGGACCCAAUUUCUAGAUAGACAUUACCUGUGGCUGGAGGCUUUACACACAGUUUUUGCUUAUGCUGGCCAAAGACUGCCAGUAUUAGCACAGGGCCUGCCUUCACCUGCAGCAGAAUUCCCCAACCCACCAAGGAUUUGAGACCCAUGAGCUUUCCUAACCUGGUUUUGCUGGCCGGUUGAAGCCAUUCCUGGGAUUACGGCCCCUGUUGCAUGCUGACAUCUGUUGGAAGCCACAGGAUUUCCUUUCCGCCCACUCUGAUAAAGGUGGAGAAGACAGAAUUGCAGGGGACAGGGAACCUUUCCUUUCAUUAGGAAUAGCCAUUAAAAUGUGUGAAAUGUGGAAUAUGAUUCACUGAAUGAGCACACAUAGUUCACAUCAGCAAACCCAAAUAGGAGAGAAACCAUUUAAAGAUAUGGAGUGUGGGAAAAGUUUCAGUCAGAAUGGAAACCUUAAAUUGCACCAACAGAAUCACACGGGUGAAAAACCAUAUGAAUGUAUGGAGUGUGGAAUGAGCUUCAGUUGUAGUGGAAGCCUUAGAAGACAUCAAGACACUCACAUUGGUAAGAAAGGAUUUAAAUGCAUGGAAUGUGGAAAGAGCUUCAGUAGGAGUGGACACCUUAGACAACAUCAACAGACUCACACUGGGGAAAAACCUGUGAAAUGUGUGGAUUGUGGAAAGAACUUCAGAAACAAUGGAUACCUUAAAUUACACCAACGGAUUCACACGGGUGAAAAACCACAUGAAUGUAUGGAGUGUGGGAAAUGUUUCCAUUUCAUUGCAGCCCUUAGAACACAUCAACGGACUCACACAGGGGAGAAACCAUAUGAAUGUAUGGAAUGUGGAAAGAGCUUCAGUCAGAAUGGACACCUCAAAAAACAUCAACGGACUCACACGGGGGAGAAACCAUAUGAAUGUAUGGAAUGUGGAAAGAGUUUCAGUCAGAAUGGACACCUCAAAAAACAUGAACAGACUCACACAGGGAAGAGACCAUUCAAAUGUAUGGAGUGUGGAAAGAGCUUCAGUCAGAGUGCACACCUCAAUAUACACCAACGGGCUCACUCAGGGGAGAAACCAUUUAAAUGUAUGGAGUGUGGAAAGUGCUUCAGUCAGAGUGGACACCUCAAUAUACAUCAACAGACUCACACAGGGGAGAAACCUAUUAAAUGUAUGGAUUGUGGAAAAAGCUUCAGUAACAAUGGACACCUUAAAUUACACCAACGGAUUCACACAGGGGAGAAACCAUAUGAAUGUAUGGAGUGUUUAAAGAGCUUCAGUCAGAGUGGACACCUCAAUAUACAUAAACGGACUCACACAGGGGAGAAACCAUUUAAAUGUAUGGAGUGCGGAAAGAGCUUUAGUGAUAAUGGAAACCUUAGAACACAUCAAUGGACUCACAAAGGGGAGAAACCAUUUAAAUGCAUGGAGUGCGGAAAGAGUUUUCGUGAGAAUGCAACCCUUAGAAUACAUCAACGGACUCACACAGGGGGAAAAGCUUUUAAAUGUAUGGAGUGUGGAAAGAGCUUCAGUAACAAUGGAUACCUUAAAAUACACCAACGGACUCACACGGGUGAAAAACCAUAUGAAUGUAUGGAGUGUGGAAAAAGUUUCCAUUUCAUUGCAGCCCUUAGAACACAUCAACGGACUCACACAAGGGAGGGAUCAUUUUAA